AGAACUCAAUAUAAACGGAGGGAUUAUCGAUUUCAGCUGUUUUCGGGGAAGCAGUUGUCGCAUCUGGAAUGGGUUUCCUAAAGUUUAGUUUGUUCGUUAUGAACACUAUCUGUCUAAUGUGUUCCCUUGUGCUAGUCGGAACUGGUGCCUAUAUGCAAGUUAAAUCCCGUCAAUAUGGAGACAACUUACACAUUGUUUGGUACGCAGUACCCAUCACUGUAAUUGCCAUUGGAGUGAUAGUUCUUAUAGUGAGUUUCCUUGGCUGUUGUGGGGCUAUAAAGGAGAAUGUUUAUAUGCUGUAUUUGUAUUCUUUCCUCCUCAUCGUACUUCUGGUUGCUGAAUUGGCCGUUUCCAUAAUUGCGUUUGUUUACAGGCAAGAGAUUGAUAAGGGACUUGAGAAAUCGAUGACUAGUGCUAUUAACAAUUCAACCAAAGAGGUAACUGUAUUCAUGGAUUUGGUUCAAUCAUCAUUCCAAUGUUGUGGAGUCAAAGGUCCUAAAGACUAUAUAGAAGGAGCCCCACAGUCGUGCAAAAAGGAGAAAACAGUAUUCAAUGAAGGGUGUGUGUCUGUUUUUGCAGCAUUCUUAAAACGCAACCUGAUAAUAAUUGGUCUUGUCGCAUUUGGUGUAUGCUUCCUUCAGUUGUUAACCGCUAUCAUAACUUGGUUUAUGGUUCACCAAAUAAAGGAGUACGAAAUUGUGUAAUCACUACAAAAAAGACGGUUUGUGGUAUCUAUCCGUUCCAUUUUGUUUCCCUUUGGCUUUCAUUAAACGAUGCUUUUUCAAUGCCUAAAGUAUUGUGUGUUGGUUAAAAAUCGUGUAUUCAACUUCGUUUACGAUAAAUAUCAGCUCCACUGAAACACGAUAUUGACAUUCUCAUUGUUUCAUUUAAGUCAUUCUUAUGCAAAUUGAACUGCGUUGAUCCCCUUGUAUAUUUAUAACCAGAAACUAACAAUAAUUCAUUUCAAUUUUAACUACAUAUCUUGUAACCUUCAAAUAUUUACGUUUCCCGAAUGUCCAAAAUCAGAUAACCGAUAUCUUCUUUAAUUUGUAAACUACCUUAAUUUCUAUUAAUUUACAGAAAAAUAUUUAUAUAAAAUGUAACUAUUCAGUUAUCUUCCUAAAUGAUCGCGAUGCAGCGAAACGAAAUAAAUUAAGCAAAUAAUCGCUACGGUAAUUACCUAAUAAAUAAAUAUCUUCCUUCAGCACAACUGAA